AUGUCUCUGACCGAGAACCUCUCCAGCAUCGCAUCUCUCCCGGCACCUCUGCCUCCAGCUCCCAACGGCGAGGUCUUCACCAAGGAACAAUGGGACACUCUCUUCUCGAUCCUGGAAGUCUUCAUACCAUCCAUCCCCGCGGCUUCAAAUGGAGGCCGGUCGACGGAAUUCGACAAGGCGCUCUCCAGACUCAAGCCGUAUCAGCCAGAAGGUGUUUCUGAGGAUGUGGCCAGAGCAUUUCUGUCCGAGGACCCUAUCUCAGAUCCCGAAUUCAGACAAGCUGUGGCCCGGAAAUUCAAGCUCUACGUUCCUCCCUCAGAUUCUCAAGGAUUGGGGUUUGUUCUGUCCCUGUUCAAUACCACCGUAGGCUCCUAUAUCCUCACGGGCUACACCACGCCAAUCCACAAACAGGACCUAGAAACCCGUGCCAGAAUAGUCUGUCAGUGGUCUGUGGCGCGGCUAUCUCUCCUAAGGGCUGUAUACCGGUCCCUCAGCGGCUUAGCUAGACAAGUUUGGCUUACUACUUCUCCUAAUCUGCGCCGCAUUCUCGACUUCCCCGAUAUCCCCAGGCAGCUCGAGCGCAAUCCAAGUUAUGACUUCAAAUUUCAUGACUUCAACUCUCCAUCGACGUCCACGGCACUCGCGACGGAUGUUGUGAUUAUUGGAUCCGGCUGCGGCGCUGGUGUGGUAGCCUCGCACCUGUCCCGUGCUGGCUUGAAAUGCCUGGUCCUCGAAAAGUCUUAUCACUUCCCGUCAACACACUUCCCCAUGUCCGCCACCAGCGCUGGAGAGCACUUGAUGGAGAAUGGUGGCGUGAUGGUCACGGAUGAUGCCUCCGUUGCGAUCUUGGCUGGGAGCACAUUCGGUGGUGGUGGCACAGUCAACUGGUCAGCCUCCUUGCAGCCUCCACGCGCAGUGCGCGAGGAGUGGGCGGCUGACAGACUUCCUCACUUCCUGAGUGCGGAAUACCAGGACUGCCUUGAUACGGUCUGCGAGCGCAUGGGCGUCGCAAAGGCCACAGACCCGGAGGGUCUAGGGAAGAUCGAGCACAACUUCGCCAACAGGACACUGCUCGAAGGGUCCCGACGACUCGGUAUAGCCGUCCAAAUUGUGCCCCAGAACACGGCGUCGAGGCGCCAUUUCUGUGGCUACUGCAACUCCGGAUGCGCCAGCGCCACCAAGCAAGGACCUGCGAACUGCUGGUUCCCCGACGCGGCGGCCCAUGGCGCCGAGUUCAUUGAAGGCUGCUGGGUCGAGGAGAUUGUGUUUUCAGAGAAGAACGGGGUCAAGACCGCUACGGGUGUAAAAGCCCUGUGGACGUCUCGGGAUCGAGAGACCACGCGACAACUUAGCGUCUCCGCCAAACGGGUCAUCGUCUCUGCCGGAACGUUGCAAUCACCCUUAGUCCUCUUGCGCAGCGGCUUAAAGAACCCUCAUAUCGGAGCACAUCUGCACCUGCACCCCACGUUCACAGUCUGGGCGACGUGGCCGCAGCGGACCAACCCAUGGGAAGGCGCCAUCCUGACCGUCGCCAUGACCGGCCUCGAAGACCAAGACGGGCAACACCACGGACCCAAGGUCGAAGUGAUCUGCUCAACGCCGGGAUUCGGCCUGCUCACUGUGCCCUUCCGUGCACAAUACUCGCUCAAGGCCAGCAACAAGGGCCAGGAGCGCAGUGCUCUGUCCUCGGCAGUCGAGUAUAGACUCAGCACCGCCAAACACGGCUACUCAACCGGCUUUGUCUGCAUCACCCGCGACGCCGACACGGGCAGAGUGUACAUCGACCCGAAGGAUCCGACACGCCGGCGUGCGCGGAUCGCCUACACGCCCUCUGCCCGCGACAGGCGACACCUCCUCGAAGGCAUGGUCGGCGGCAUGCAAGCCGCCUUCGUGAUGGGCGCCGUGGAAAUCGACUCGUGCCACGCUCCCGUCGAGCGCUGGAUCCGGCCCUCGCACCUGGACCCGAAGUCCACGGCCGCGAUGGACGAGCUGUCCUUUUCUAACUUUAUUAGUGAGGUCCGCAGACUGUGGCUCGCAAGCCCGGAGCAGAGCUCCGCCGGCUCGGCGCACCAGAUGGGCUCGUGCCGCAUGGCGUCCUCGCCCAAGACCGGCGUCGUCGAUGCAAACGGGAAGGUAUUCGGAACCGAGGGGCUGUAUGUCGCCGACGCAAGUGUCUUUCCCUCGGCGAGCGGCGUCAAUCCUAUGAUCAGCACCAUGGGUAUCGCAGAGUGGAUUGCGAGAGGGAUUGUCAGGGAGCUUCAAUGA